AUGCGAGCAGCGCUGCCCCAAAACCCUCUGUUGACUGUGGGGCUUCACGUGAUCCGUAGCUCAGCCGUAAAACCGACCAAGCUCGAGCACAGCGGCGCCUGUGUGACGCAAGGCACUGUGCACGUGAGGGCAGAUCCCGGGAUGGCGAACACGUGCGUGACGCGGGCUGCCAGCGGAGGCGCUGCGGGGACCCCCGGGCGGCGGAGGCGCUGCGGGGACCUCAGGCCGGCGGAGGCGCUGCGGGGUCCUCAGGCCGGCGGAGGCGCUGCGGGGACCUCAGGCCGGCGGAGGCGCUGCGGGGACCCCCGGGCGGCCGAGGCGCUGCGGGGACCCCCGGGCGGCCGAGGCGCUGCGGGGACCCCCGGGCGGCGGAGGCGCUGCGGGGACCCCCGGGCGGCGGAGGCGCUGCGGGGACCUCAGGCCGGCGGAGGCGCUGCGGGGACCCCCGGCCGGCGGAGGCGCUGCGGGGACCCCCGGGCGGCGGAGGCGCUGCGGGGACCCCCGGGCGGCGGAGGCGCUGCGGGGUCCUCAGGCCGGCGGAGGCGCUGCGGGGUCCUCAGGCCGGCGGAGGCGCUGCGGGGACCUCAGGCCGGCGGAGGCGCUGCGGGGACCCCCGGGCGGCGGAGGCGCUGCGGGGACCCCAGGCCGGCGGAGGCGCUGCGGGGACCCCAGGCCGGCGGAGGCGCUGCGGGGACCCCAGGCCGGCGGAGGCGCUGCGGGGACCUCCGGGCGGCGGAGGCGCUGCGGGGACCCCAGGCCGGCGGAGGCGCUGCGGGGACCUCCGGGCGGCGGAGGCGCUGCGGGGACCCCAGGCCGGCGGAGGCGCUGCGGGGACCCCCGGCCGGCGGAGGCGCUGCGGGGACCUCCGGGCGGCGGAGGCGCUGCGGGGACCUCCGGGCGGCGGAGGCGCUGCGGGGACCCCAGGCCGGCGGAGGCGCUGCGGGGACCCCAGGCCGGCGGAGGCGCUGCGGGGACCCCAGGCCGGCGGAGGCGUUGCGGGGUCCUCAGGCCGGCGGAGGCGCUGCGGGGUCCUCAGGCCGGCGGAGGCGCUGCGGGGACCCCCGGCCGGCGGAGGCGCUGCGGGGACCCCAGGCCGGCGGAGGCGCUGCGGGGACCCCCGGCCGGCGGAGGCGCUGCGGGGACCCCAGGCCGGCGGAGGCGCUGCGGGGACCUCCGGGCGGCGGAGGCGCUGCGGGGACCUCCGGGCGGCGGAGGCGCUGCGGGGACCCCAGGCCGGCGGAGGCGCUGCGGGGACCCCAGGCCGGCGGAGGCGCUGCGGGGACCUCAGGCCGGCGGAGGCGCUGCGGGGACCCCAGGCCGGCGGAGGCGUUGCGGGGACCUCAGGCCGGCGGAGGCGCUGCGGGGUCCUCAGGCCGGCGGAGGCGCUGCGGGGACCCCUGGCCGGCGGAGGCGCUGCGGGGACCCCAGGCCGGCGGAGGCGCUGCGGGGACCCCCGGCCGGCGGAGGCGCUGCGGGGACCCCAGGCCGGCGGAGGCGCUGCGGGGACCUCCGGGCGGCGGAGGCGCUGCGGGGACCUCCGGGCGGCGGAGGCGCUGCGGGGACCCCAGGCCGGCGGAGGCGCUGCGGGGACCCCAGGCCGGCGGAGGCGCUGCGGGGACCUCAGGCCGGUGGAGGCGCUGCGGGGACCCCAGGCCGGCGGAGGCGCUGCGGGGUCCUCAGGCCGGCGGAGGCGCUGCGGGGACCUCCGGGCGGCGGAGGCGCUGCGGGGACCUCCGGGCGGCGGAGGCGCUGCGGGGACCCCAGGCCGGCGGAGGCGCUGCGGGGACCUCCGGGCGGCGGAGGCGCUGCGGGGACCUCCGGGCGGCGGAGGCGCUGCGGGGACCUCCGGGCGGCGGAGGCGCUGCGGGGACCCCAGGCCGGCGGAGGCGCUGCGGGGACCCCAGGCCGGCGGAGGCGCUGCGGGGACCCCAGGCCGGCGGAGGCGCUGCGGGGACCCCAGGCCGGCGGAGGCGCUGCGGGGACCCCAGGCCGGCGGAGGCGCUGCGGGGACCCCAGGCCGGCGGAGGCGCUGCGGGGACCCCAGGCCGGCGGAGGCGCUGCGGGGACCCCCGGCCGGCGGAGGCGCUGCGGGGACCCCCGGCCGGCGGAGGCGCUGCGGGGACCCCAGGCCGGCGGAGGCGCUGCGGGGACCUCCGGGCGGCGGAGGCGCUGCGGGGACCCCAGGCCGGCGGAGGCGCUGCGGGGACCUCCGGGCGGCGGAGGCGCUGCGGGGACCCCAGGCCGGCGGAGGCGCUGCGGGGACCCCCGGGCGGCGGAGGCGCUGCGGGGACCCCAGGCCGGCGGAGGCGCUGCGGGGACCUCCGGGCGGCGGAGGCGCUGCGGGGACCUCCGGGCGGCGGAGGCGCUGCGGGGACCCCAGGCCGGCGGAGGCGCUGCGGGGACCUCCGGGCGGCGGAGGCGCUGCGGGGACCCCCGGGCGGCGGAGGCGCUGCGGGGACCCCCGGGCGGCGGAGGCGCUGCGGGGACCCCCGGGCGGCGGAGGCGCUGCGGGGACCUCCGGGCGGCGGAGGCGCUGCGGGGACCUCAGGCCGGCGGAGGCGCUGCGGGGACCUCCGGGCGGCGGAGGCGCUGCGGGCACCUCCGGGCGGCGGAGGCGCUGCGGGGACCCCAGGCCGGCGGAGGCGCUGCGGGGACCCCAGGCCGGCGGAGGCGCUGCGGGGUCCUCAGGCCGGCGGAGGCGCUGCGGGGACCUCAGGCCGGCGGAGGCGCUGCGGGGUCCUCAGGCCGGCGGAGGCGCUGCGGGGACCCCCGGGCGGCGGAGGCGCUGCGGGGACCCCAGGCCGGCGGAGGCGCUGCGGGGACCUCAGGCCGGCGGAGGCGCUGCGGGGUCCUCAGGCCGGCGGAGGCGCUGCGGGGUCCUCCGGGCGGCGGAGGCGCUGCGGGGAACUCCGGGCGGCGGAGGCGCUGCGGGGACCUCCGAGCGGCGGAGGCGCUGCGGGGUCCUCCGGGCGGCGGAGGCGCUGCGGGGAACUCCGGGCGGCGGAGGCGCUGCGGGGAACUCCGGGCGGCGGAGGCGCUGCGGGGAACUCCGGGCGGCGGAGGCGCUGCGGGGAACUCCGGGCGGCGGAGGCGCUGCGGGGAACUCCGGGCGGCGGAGGCGCUGCGGGGUCCUCCGGCCGGCGGAGGCGCUGCGGGGUCCUCAGGCCGGCGGAGGCGCUGCGGGGACCUCCGGGCGGCGGAGGCGCUGCGGGGUCCUCAGGCCGGCGGAGGCGCUGCGUGGACCUCCGGCCGGCGGAGGCGCUGCGGGGACCUCAGGCCGGUGGCAGGAAUGUCGGCAACCUCCGUCGACACGCAGACGCACUGCGGGAGCUUCCGGCUACACGCAGGCGCAGUGCCGACCCCAGGUGCUGCGACGGCGGUGAUGGAGUCCUCUCCGAUUCUGAAUAUGCUCCCCCGCCAGGCGAGUCUCUGAAUUUUACCAUCGUGGUGGAGCACAGUCAGAUAAAUGCAACCGUCGGUGAAAAUGUGACGCUUGCAGUGCGGCCGUCGGGCAAUAUCUCAAGCGGAAGCUGGACCUUUAAAGAGAAAACGGUCUGUCAGUGGAUCGAUCAACUCGUGUCUAUGGAUAAUUCUUAUACAUCGCGAGCUCAGCUAUUCCCCUCCAACGGGUCGCUGCUGCUGAAGUCGGUGAAAAAGUCGGACAGUGGGACGUACGUUGUGAACAUGGUGCCAGCCAACGGCUCACAAACCUCAGCGACCGUCACUCUCCGAGUCACCGUGCCUCCAAGCCCUCUGCCAGGUGGAGGGGUAGCCAGGAAUGCGAUUGGGGUCACCACUGGAUUGGUGCUGGCGUGUGCAUUAAUUUUCUGACGCAUCAGGGGGAAAGGCAAACAGAAAGCUAUGAAAUAAAGAAUAAAAUUGAAGUCAUUCAGAAAGAAAGAUCAGACUCCUCUCCCUGUACAAAAAAGAACUGCAUCCAGAUUAUCAAUCUCCAAAACCCACCCCUGCCUGCAUGAAAUGGGACAAGAGCAUUGACCACCCCACCCAAACCCACCUGGCUCAAAUGCAGAGGAGCUGGUAACACAAUGUAGAAGAAGUCACAUCGUGAGCACCAGACAGAAUAGACGAUUCCAGAAGAUUUGGAGGUUCAGUUGUUGCCUCAUCUGCAAGGACUUUUUAGUCAACAGAGAGGGUUCUGCCCUUUCACCUGGACAUCACCGAACUCAACAUCAACUACAUCCAAACCAUGCUGAGUGAACUUUAAUGACCAAUAAA